AUGAUCAUGCUUCUCCAUUGGCUGCUGCUGCUCAUAGCUUUUCUGGCCACGGCCGUCCAAUGGGCCGUAGCCGAUUUUCCUUUGAAUGAUGCUGACCUUAAAGCACGUCUCGAUCUAUCCGCAUUCAAAUUCUUCUCGAAAACAGCUCAUCAUGUGGUGGAUCUUGAGAUACCAAAAAUCACCAUCCCGGACAUUACUCUCGAUAUUACGGCUGGACCUGGGAGCGGCAAGGUCUCUGCGCAUGAUCUGAACAUCACCAAAUUCAAGUCACCGAAUUUUAAUUUCCUGCUGAGCGAAGAAGGACUAUCAUGGUCGUCAAAUGGAGGCGCUGUCAAAAUCGGAGGUUUAUGGGAGGCUGAAUACACACUCGCUGUACCGUUCCGUGAAUCCGGCUGGAUUCAAGUGCUAGCAGCGGAUAUUCAAGUGAACGUAUCGGCACGAGUGUUGGACGUUCAGGCACGACCUCAAAUCGUACUCGGGAACUGCACAGCCGACAUUGACUGA